AUGGGAUUAGGAUCUUUGUUUAGAAUUGCACCUAAUGGAAUAACUGGGAAAAUGGCACGAUUUGAUGUUAACUCAUUUAAUCCAAAAGAUAUGAAGAUGCAUCUAACCCAAGUAAACAUAGAUAUAACACCAGCUCUUUUUCAUGAUUUGCUCGGAAUUCCUCUCGGUGGAAAAGAUAUAUACGACACUGAUCAAUGUGAAGGAAAAGAGUUAAUGGAUUGGAAGCAACAAUACAACUACAAGUUCAAAGAAAGCGAUGAGUUGAAAGAAAUGAAGGAAAUCUUUGAACAAGAAUUCAAUUAUAAAAGUCAAAAAGAAGAUGGGAAUGAGGUGAUUGGGGAUGAAAUUGAAAAACCUCAAGAUGGGAAUGAGGUGAUUAGGGAUGAAGUUGAAAAACCUCAAGAUGGGAAUAAGGUCGAUGGGAAUGAAGCUUAA